AUGGUUCCUACUGGGGCUCAUACAAAUCAUACAAACUUGCAUUGUGCUCUAAAACCAAUACUAUCUAACACCAAUGGGCCCCCAAGACAACGUAGCUAUACGGCUGCGCUGCUCGUGGAUGAAAAUUACGAGAGCAGGCGAAGUCAGACAAGACUGAGUGAGACUGUGCAUCAAGGCAAAGAGCUGAAAGAGGCAGACAGAGAGGGAAUGAAAGUGUCGUUCAAAGGCAGAGAGGAGGGGAAAGUGGUCAACGGCCGGGGGGAGGGGAAAGCGGAUGAGGAUGACAAGGACCAGGACCAGGACAAUGACAAGGACAAGGAUGACAAGGACGAGGAGGAGGAUGACAAUGGGGACGACAAUGAGGAAGAUGACAACAAGGAGGACAACAAGGAUGACAACAAGGAUGACAAUGAGCACGAGGAGGAGGGGAAGGGGUGA